GCUAGAAAGCGUGUACCACCGAGAAGACGACGCAACAUGGCUCCCGGAGGUGGAAGAAAGAGGCUUCACCCCUUCUGAAGCUGGAGGAAGAGCGGCCGGAGAGGAGAAAAGAGAGAAGUGACUAGCUUUUAUCCUCCCAGCCUCUCCCGAGUCCAGUCUGCCUUUCCCCUUCUCUGCACCCAAAUCCAAUUUGUGGUUUCCUCCCCUCCCCGCCCUCAUUCCCUCGCUUCCUCACCCCUCCCCUCGGGAAUCCUUUUCCCGUCCCCCCUUCGCCCCCCGCGGAGUGCGCACGCGCCCGCCCCCAGCUUCGCGCCCAGAUCUUCGCCUAGCCUGCUCGCGCAGCUGCUAUCUCAUCUGCCCACCGACGAAGCAUGGGUGUCCAGGGCUUCCAAGAGUUCCUGGAGAAGCGCUGUCCCGGGGCCGUGGUGCCCGUGGACCUCCUCAAACUCGCGCGCACGGUCUCGCGCCAGCAGCAGCAGCAGCAGCACCUGCACCGCCAGCUGCCACCGACGGCAGCCCUGGCACCCGGGGCUCCACGCGCCGCCAGGGGCUCUGCGCCUCUGCAACCGCCGCUCCCGCCUGCCUUGGGUGCCUACUCCGGGGGCGCGGGGCCAACUCGGCACCAGCACCCCGCUCACCACUUCCACCAUCACGGCCAGGCGCAGCCAGGGCUUCACCCUCCGCUGCCGCCGCCGCCCCCUCCGCUGCCCGGGGCCCGGGUGCUGGUGGACGCCGGCUCGGCGCUGCCGCGGCUUUACGGCGGCUACCAGACGGAUUGGGUGUGUGGCGGCCAAUGGAACGCCAUGCUGGGCUACUUGUCAGCGCUGUGCCAGGCUUGUGCCUAUCCUGGCGGCGACGGCCUGGAGCUCGUGGUCAUGUUCCCCGGGGGCCUGGGCAAGGACCGGCUGGCUGAGUGGGGCCGUCGGUGCCAGGCCGAGCGGCAGACAGCGCAACUGAUCGUGGGACACGUGGGCAACAAGGGCACCCCUCCACCGCGGGCCUGGUUCCUGCCACCGGCCUGCCUGAGCCACUGCGUGAGGCUAGCACUCAUCCGCUUCCGGGUCAAGGUCUUUCAGAGCCUUGAAGAUCACCAUUUGGAAGUGGUGGCGUUUUUCAGGGAAAAUGGCUUUCAUGGCCUUCUUGCCCAUGACUCCGAGUAUGCUCUCUACAAUAUUCCCUCUUACUACAGUUCCCAUGCUCUGAAAUUGAGCUGGAAUGGGAAGAACCUCACUACCAACCAGUUCCUGAUGCAAGAAGUGGCCAAGCAGCUGGGCCUGAAGAGGGUGAAUUUUCCCAUAUUUGCUGCACUGCUAGGUAACCACAUCCUCCCAGAUGAGGACCUGGCUGCUUUUCACUGGAGCCUUUUGGGACCAGAACAUCCUCUUGCAUCACUUAAGUGUUCCAACAUCCAGUCCAGGACAGAAGAUAAAAUAGAGCGAUUCAAGAAAGCAGUUGAGUACUAUUCAGUCACAACCAAACUCUCUUCACUGCCAGUGGGUCCCUCCUUUCUAGGUUUUCGGAAUAAUAGGCUUGGCAAUCCUCCCCCUCCACAAAAUCAGGUGGGCGCCAUUUCUACUGGAAAGCCAAUGUUCUCUCACCAAGUGCCCCAGAAAGUGAAAUAUCCAUCACCAUUCCCAGUGGGACCCAACUCAUCUCUUCUCUUCUCCUCCCAUACUUUGGGGGAAUCCCAUGCUUUUUCUGAGGAUCCCAUGCUGCAGAACAGCCCCUUUGCCAAUUGGGCUGUCUCUUAUGACUCUUCUGCAUCCCAGUUUCCCAAUUACCUGCCUUCUAAAGCAUCACCUCCUUUGGGACCAGACUCUUCCCAGUCCUCUUCCUCUGAUGGUGAUGAGCCAAAUGGAGCUAGCACUGAUCAUAUCACAGAAUCACUUCCGCACCAGCCAGAGUGGGAAAAUCCUAAUCGUGACAGAGGGUCCUGGCCACAGCCUGUUGAUACUGGAGUUUCAGAAGCGAGCCUAGGUGAUGGCGAGCCCCACAUCCCAUCUCUGCUGUCUAUGUCUACGAGGAACCACAUGGAUAUCACCAUUCCACCCUUACCUCCAGUAGCUCCAGAAGUCUUGAGAGUUGCUGAACACAGACACCGGAGGGGUCUUAUGUACCCUUAUAUCUACCACGUCCUCACUAAGGGUGAAAUUAAGAUCCCCGUAUGUAUCGAGGAUGAGUGUAACAUGGAGCUGCCUCCAGCUGCUCUUUUAUUCCGGUCAGCUCGUCAAUAUGUAUAUGGAGUUCUUUUUAGUCUGGCAGAGACACAGAGGAAAAUGGAACGUUUGGCCAUGCGACGGCGUCUGCCUGUGGAAGUUCCUUCAGUGAUCCUUAAAGAGUGGUCUGCCUAUAAAGGGAAGUCACCUCAAACCCCUGAGCUGGUGUCUGCGCUGACCUUUCGGGAAUGGACUUGCCCAAACCUCAAGAAGCUCUGGCUAGGCAAAGCAGUUGAAGACAAGAACAGAAGGAUGCGGGCCUUCCUGGCCUGUAUGAAGUCAGACACACCCAGUAUGCUAAAUCCAGCUAAUGUCCCCACCCAUCUGCUGCUCAUGUGCUGUGUUCUCCGGUACAUGGUUCAGUGGCCUGGUGGCCGAAUCCUGCAUCGCCAUGAGCUAGACACCUUCCUCGCACAGGCAGUGUCUACCCAGCUUUAUGAACCAGAUCAGCUCCAAGAACUCAAGAUUGAGAAACUGGAUGCCCGAGGGAUCCAGCUUGCUGCCCUCUUCAUGAGUGGAGUCGACACAGCUCUGUUUGCUAAUGAUGCCUGUGGCCAGCCAGUCCCUUGGGAGCAUUGCUGCCCCUGGAUUUACUUCGAUGGCAAGCUGUUCCAGAGCAAGCUAAUUAAAGCAGGCCGAGAUCGAGUAUCUCUGAUAGAGCUCUGUGAUGGCCAGGCUGACCUGGCAACCAAAGUGGAGAAGAUGAGACAGAGCAUCCUUGAAGGAGUCAACAUGAAUCAUCCACCGCCUUCUGCUCUACUUCCGUCACCUACUUUUGUGCCUCCCAUAGUGCCCUCUCUCUACCCCGUUUCACUUUAUUCCCGAGCUAUGGGCUCCAUGCCACUUCCACCUCAAGGAAGGAGCCGGGGAUUUGCAGGUCUCCAUCCAAUCCCACCCCAAGGAGGAAAACUGGAGAUUGCUGGGAUGGUUGUGGGCCAGUGGGCUGGCAGCAGAUCCUCCAGGGGCCUAGGAUCCUUCGGCAUGCAAGUGGUUUCUGUCGGUGGGCCAGGAAAGGGGCAUGGAAAAGAACAGACUGGUAGAGGAUCCAAGGGACACAAAAAAGGAAAUAAGCAAGGCUCUUCAGAUGCAAUUUCUAAAUCCCUGGAGCUUCAUCAAGGUCGGUCUCGCUCCCAGGUAAAUGGAAACAGUGGCGCAUUGAUCAAGGAAGAGAAGAGUGAUCAUCAUCUUCUAGCUCCAUCACAAUGUGCCUUAUCCAGAGACAGCAACGAGUAUAGUAGUGGUAACCGCUACCUCCCUAUGAAGAAUGGGGAGAAGAACCUCUUACAGGAGCAAAAGCUAGAAACUGUGACACAACGGAAAGAGGACUGACAAGCUGAAGAUGGCUUCACCAAACUGGGAAGAGGGAAACUUUUACUUUUCUGAUUUUAGGCCCAAGCUAGAGGAGGAUAUAAAUGCUUACCCUAGAUUCCUCCAGGAUUUUGGUGGGAUGUUCUAUUGUGUCCAUCUUUUUCCCUUCCCUGCCUUUUUCUGGGCCUUCAGAUUCAGUGGUCUGUUUCUGGAUAAGUUCUGGUCAAAGAUGAAUGGCAGUAAGACUAGCUCCUAUUCUCAAAUUGAAUAUAUAGCACCAUUAUUUUCAUCAUCUCCUCUGGGAGCCUAGUAAGGCAGUACCUGUCAGAAAUUGGGUGUUAUCACAUAAGGUCCUAUAGAAAAGUUCCAGAUUUGGGCUGGGCGUGGUGGCUCACGCCUGUAAUCCCAGCACUUUGGGAGGCUGA